AUGCUUUCAUUCCCUCCACUCUACAAAGAAGAUCUUUCCUUUGGAAGCGUCACUCCGGCACGUCGCCGGGACAGCUCCCGCAACACACGCAGGUGCGCCGUAACGCCGCCGCAGCAGCGGGCAGCGCACAGCAGGCGUUCCGGCGGCGAGCGAGCGGCCCCGGGCAGAGGGGGCGGCGCACCCGCCCGCGCCCACCCGCGUCCUGCUCGCGCGAGCCCCGCGCGCCGCGUCCCACCGCUCCUCAGCGACGGCCUCCGAGCGCCGCUUCAGGGGAAGCCCGCCCCGCCCGCGCCCGCGCCCGCGCCCGCGCCCCCCGCCGGUACCGAAGAACUCCAGCCAGUUCAUCUCGCGGAGCGCCGCGGGCAGCCGGAGGAGCUCCACGUCGUACAGGUUCUCCAUCUCCUUGACCAGGCGCUCCCCGUUCGUCCGCAGCUGCUCGACCCGGCUCCUCACUGCGGGGACGGACACGGCGUCGGACGCGGCCCGGGCCUCGGCGCGCCCGCCCGCGGCCUACCCUCCCGGUCGAAGUCCUUCAGGAAGGCGCUCAGCUUCCUGCCGCGCGCGCCCGCGGCCGCCUUCCUGCGGGCAGGAGCCAUGAGGGCCGAGGAACGGCGCGAGCGCACCGAGCCCCGCUCCUGCUCCCGCACGGCGCCACAGCACCGCCCGCGCCGCGUUCAACCGCCGCCCGACGCGCGCCUGCUGUCCAAUCAGAGCUCCGCGAGCGGCGGCGCAGCCAAUCGGCACCCGGCGCGGUGUGAUGACGCACGGCGCGGCGACCGCCCCCGGGCCGCUGUGCUGCGCCUGGCCGAGGAGCGAGCGGCGGAGCCGGGCCUGAGCGAGCUGCUGCGGCGCGGGCCGCGCUGCCCGUCGUUGGCCGACGCGCUGGAGGGCCUGCGGGACGCGGAGCCUUACUACCGGCACCUGCACCGUCCCGUGGCGGGGCGGGGCGGGGCGGGGCGGGGCUCCCCGGCCAGGGCUGCGGCUGCGGCUGCGGCUGCGUGCAAGGAGGAGUUUUGGGAGGCCACUCAAAGAUGUCAAAUCGGGGAUUCCAAACACUGUGCGCUGUGCUUCUGAGCGCUGCGUUGGCUUCCAUCGCCCCGGUACGCUGAAGGAAUAAGCGUGGCUUACAGUGGUAGUUCCGGAGGUCCGCGUACCCAGUCUUGGUACUGGCCGAGCUCCAGUCUGAACGGAAGCCCUUCAGAGCAACGUGGCAUUAGGACUCAUGGCAUCAUAGAAUGGCCUGGGUUGAAAAGGCCCACCACGAUCACCUAGUUCCAACCCCCUGCUAUGUGCAGGGUCGCCAACCGCCAGCCCAGGCUGCCCAGAGCCACAUCCAGCCGCAUCCCCUGAAUGCCUCCAGGGACGGGGCAUCCACAACCUCCUUGGGCACCCUGCUCCAGUGCGUCACCACCCUCGGGGUGAAAAACUUCUUCCUCCUAAUAUCUAACCCAAACCUCCCCUGCCUCAGUUGAAAACCAUUCCCCCUUGUCCUAUCGCUACCCACCCUCGUAAGCAGCCGUUCCCCGUCCUGUUUAUACGCUCCCUUCAGGUACUGGAAGGCCACAGUGAGGUCCCCCCGGAGCCUUCUCUCCUGCGAGCUCAACAGGCCCAGUUCCCUCAACCUUUCUUCACAGGAGAGGUGCUCCAGCCCUCUGCUCAUCCUAGUGGUCCUGCUCUGGACCCGUUCCACGAUCGCUUCUUGUGCUGGGGGCCCCAGGCCUGGGCGCAGUACUGCGGAUGGGGCCUCGCAAGAGCCGAGUAGAGGGGGACAAUCACCUCCCUCUCCCUGCUGGCCACCCCUUUCUUAGUGCAGCCCAGAGCACCGUUGGCCUUCCGGGCUGCAGGCGCGCACUGCUGGCUCACGUCCAGCUUCUCGUCCACCAGGACCCCCGGGUCCUUCUCCGCAGGGCUGCUCUCAAGGAGCUCUUCCCCCACUCUGAAGCGGGCAUUCUUUUCUUAUGGCGCUGACGCAUGGGGGAUCGCUCCGCCCAACUGCGCGCAAAAGAGCUUCAGCUGAUGCGUGUCUCUUGUGUCGUGCAUGUCAAGGUUUUCCCAGACGGCACGCACGUACUCAGUACUUUCCCUGACAUCACUAACGUAGGGUUCUGCGUCCUUGCACGUGCUCGGUCUUUCUGUGGUGGCGGUCCUAAUCGGUGCCUCCGACCUUCGAUGGUCUUCCACGAUCGCUCUCCUCCGCAUUGGUGAGCACCAGGUCUAGUAAUGCUUCGCCUCUGGCCGAUCUGUCCGAUACCCGGAGCAGGAUGUUAUCAUCAACAGGCUGCAGCAGUCUCCUGGAUUGCUUGCAGCUCACCUUGCUCUUUUCCCUGCAUAUAGCUGGGUGGUUGAAAUCCUCCUUCCGGAGGAGAGCUUGGAGCAUGACGGCCCUUGUAGCUGAAGCCAGGCGGCCUCAUCAGCGGGCCGGGGUAGCGCUCUUCACCUCUGUCAGUACGGCGGUGGACGCACCGGCGAGGGCCGAGACCUGUGCCCCUUCGGGGGAAUCCCCGGGGGCGUCUGGUGCAUCCACUCGGGCAGAUAUGGCAAGAAAGCGAAAAUCUACCUGAUGGCGCUGGAAGGGCUGCACUGCCCGCGGCCGGCCUCCCUUUGCUAUUUGCUUCGUUUCUUCUUCGCUUCAGCACGCGGGGCAGACAUCAGGAAUGCAAAUGACUGAUAAAGCAAGCAUCAGCCGUUUCCAACGUUAGAAAUGUUGUUAGAAAGAAAGGCUUCAGGAAGCGGUGGCGCAUUCUCCCGUGGGCAGCGGUGAGGACAAAGGAGUGACAAGCAAGUAUACAUAAAGGUACAUUUUAUUAACGACUUACUCCUAUUGCUAGCAUCCAACAGUAAAAUGGGCAAAAGCCCAACCCGAGGCACGAGGCAGGGAAAUGGAAUCAAAGGGAAACCGGCAGAUGGUCGCUCUCUCUUCCCCUCCCCUUCCGUUCCAGGAAAGGAAACCAGGCCUUCCAGGCUUUGUUGUUUCACUCCACGAUGAGAGGGGUUGUGUAGAGGGAAUGCCGGAUUCCAAACGUGGAUGCAGGCGCCUGGGGCUUGAUCAGCGUCACCUGGAAGGGCGAAAAGGAAAGGCAGGUCAGCGAGGGCCCUUCUCUCCUCUGCUGCCCUCGCUCCCUGCUGUCCCGCACCCCUUCCGAUCCCAGACAGUCCCUGGUGCCUCUCCGGGCAGGGCUGAACGCCAGCGCAAAGCCGGUGCAGCUCCCUGCUGGAGCAGAGCUGGCUCGGGGAGGUGGGCUUACGGGCACCUCCUGUCUCGGAGAGGGCCGCGUGUGCAGCUGGGAGCUCGCAGCUAACUCUCUCUCCUAUGCUGGGGGCAUGCUGCUUGGAGCCCUUCUGAGCUGCGUCCCCCAGAAGAGCUUGGGAAGGACCAGCGCGUCCCAUUGAAGGGAAAAGGAGCAGAGGGAGGAAAAGCUGCGUGCUGUGCUGUCCCUCCCUCCCUCCCUCUGCUCGCAGGUGGCACGAGGGCAGGGGGCAGGCCUGCUGUCCUGCACUUGGUCCCUGCGGCCAGGAGCUCUUGGGCUGGAGGAAGCCUCAGGGGAAGGGGGAGAGGCGUGAAGGCCGCGCUUGUGAAACAGAGGGGAAGAGCUGAGCAGCUGCCUUACCCGGCCUACGCUGUAGUCUGCCGGCCCGGGCUUCGCUGCUUUGCCCUCUCCAGCUUUUGGUCGGGCUGCCAUCGUGUACGCGGGCGCCCUGGUCUUGUAGGCAUCCACAGGCACUUUGGGGAGCGCCGCAGGACCCGGAGUCUGCAAGAGAGUCACGACCAUACAGGGCUGGGGUCACAUUCAAGGCUCUCUCUUUCCCCGGCAGUCUGCGUUAAGCAAAGUUGCAGCAGGCUUGGAAGCCCCUGUGGCACAGGGGGAGCAGCCCAGGUUCGGAUGCUAACGCGGAAAAGAGGAGCGGCAGAGCUCACCUUGGCAAGGUCUUCGUCAAACCGACCUCGCUGGCUCCUUCCCCUCACAGAGUAGCAGGGGCUGGCCGAUGUGUAGACUGUGUUGGGCCCCAUCAGCCUGGGCAGCGUGUAGGUGCCAGGACCUGCAGGAGGAGCAGCAGAGAGCGUGUGCGCGAGGGGCUGGAGGAGACGGAAGCAGCAGAGAGGGGCAGCCUGCCCAGCCUGCUGGUGGGAGCAGGAGGGAGGUCUCGCCCCUCUGCCAGUUCCUCCCUCUACUCUGGCACUGGGCCAGCGCCAGCAGCUCCGAGCCUGAGCAGCCGCAGCCGCUGCGGGCCCAGAGGUGUUGGUCGUGCAAGAAAGCUUGCGGCCCCAGCGCCGCGUCCUGCCGCGCAGGCUGUGCAGUAGGCCCGCUGCUGGUGCUGAGCAGCAGCCCGUCCCUGCGGGAUGCUCAGGCUGAAGGGUCUGCCUUUGCCAGGGUCAGCGUACCUGGAGGGUGGUCUGUCCGGAGGGGCUCCCGCCGGAAGGCCAUGGACUGCACCGGUGGGCACUUGAAGACGUGCCUGUUGGCUGCCUCGGUGCGGUAGUCACCUGGGGCGGAAGAGAAGAGGAAGAAAGCCGUGAAGCGCCGGUCUUCUUCUUCUGCAACCGCACAGGCACUGUCCCGAGGAAAGGGUCUUCUCAAGAGCUGCAGAAUUGCCGCUGGGGGACACAGGCAGCACGCGGGGACGCUCUUCUGUGCCCCGCCGCUAUGCCCUGCCUUGCUGUCCCUCCCGUCAGCCCCCUGCCGCUUGUUCUUUUUGGACACGGGGUCCUUGUGCCCUCGGCCCGUGGCCCUGGGCAGCUGUCCUUCUCCGAGGGCGUUUAUCGCUGCUCAGAGCGGUUUGCGUUCUCUCAAAAAAGACCUACAGCUCCAUCAGGGCGCGAGCUGGCCCCGGGCAAACGCGCCGCCCGCUCGUCUUGUCUGGGUGAAGUGCUGCACAAGUGGUACUCACUUGGUCCGGGAGUGACGGUGGUCUUCGUCGCGGGUCGUCCCCGGAGCUGGGCGCCCGGAGCCACGUACUUCCCGUUCCUGGUGAUGGCGGGCUCCACAAAGUAGCAGGGACCUGGCCCGCAGCUCCCUGCCGCAGGCGGUUUGGUCCCUCUAAACGUGUAGGCGGGGGCACGGGCUUUGGUGGGGCUGUGGCCCACAUAACCUAGGAGGAAAAGCAGAAGAGAGCACACCCCUGUGCAGCUGCACGUCUCAAGCUCCGUUGGAACAGGCGCAGUUAGGCGCCGGGCCCUGGCCCCGACAUUCCCUUCCCGCGUGACUUCUUCCUCCAAGAGCCCUGGAGGCGAGCUGUGCCGGGCCUCGGAGCGCACAAGAGUCAGUCCCUGAGUGCAAACGGCUGCGCGAGUGCCUUGCAAAGUCACCGCAAAAAGACAGCGGAGUUUUGGCCAGCACGCUGCCUGUACCCGCACCACGCGUGCAGGCACUCCACAGCGAGAGCCCCCUAAGGGUCAAUUGUUCUGCAAGACCCCGUAACGCCUCUCUACAGCUGCAAAGCUGAGUCUGCGCUGGCCAGAAGCGGGCCCCUUUUUCCCCGGGCCACAAGGAGCAGCGCCAGCGGCACCGGCCUUCCUCGGCCAGGCCUGGCUCGCGGCUGCGCCAGGGAGCCAGGAGGCUCUGACAGAACGGGGAAAGGCUCGGGAGCUGCUCUGCCCCGCCAUGUCCCCGGUGCGCCUCACGCCCUGGGGAUGGUGGCUGUACCUGUUGUCCCCGGGAUGGAGUACUGGGGCCCGGGGCUGGGGAACUGGGCCGAGAUGAGGCCGCGUGGGCGAUGAGGUCUCCAGGUCCCCACCCAGGCUCCGUCCAUGCUGGCAGGCAUGUGCCUCCAAACCUAAAGGCAAGAACAGAGGAGUUACUGACGGGCUGCCCCAACAGAGGCCGCAGGUGAGCUUUGCUUCCCGCCCCCCGCGUCUCCUCUGCUCAGCCGCAAGCUGUCCGCCACGUGGCUUGCAGCUCCUGAGCCGGAAGGGCCGGCAGCAGUUUCUCCCGCUCACUGCCAGUCCUGCCAGUCUCGUGCUGCAUGCCCCUCGCGCACACCGGAGCUCAGCCCGCACCCUGCAGCUGGGCUCUGCAGCCUGACGUGUGCAGGAGCUCUCCCUCACCUCUCUGAGCCUUGGAGGACGAGCGCGAUGAGGCUGAGCUAGUCUGCUGCUGGGGCUGCUCUCAGGCACAGGGCACGGCGAGCGGCUGCGGGCAGCACAGCUCACAAAUGAGGCGCCUGGAGCCAGCGGCCAGCUGUCCUUGGGGAGGGCCCGGCGUCGUCAUGGCAAUGCAUUGUGACAGCACACGGGCUCCGGGUGAUGUCAUCUGUGCUGUGACAUCUCCUGGCUGGCCUGGAGCCACGCCCGCCACGCCUUUUCGGCCUCGCACCCCAACCAGUACAAAGCCGUAGCGCACGCUGCCGACACCUGCAGAUGGACUGAGCUCUCACUUCUAGCCACGUGCCGCCCGGGGCUCCUGAGGCUCGGUCAGCGUCACCUGCAAGGGAGAGAUUACGUUACUUCGAACCUACUGGAACAUUUCUGAGAAUGACACUCUGUUCUUUGAAGCUCUGUGUGUAUAUAUACAUAUAAAAAUAAAUAUACGAGAGCCCUAAAAGCACAGCUGG